UUCCUGCGACGGCGGCAGCAGCUGGGAGUGCUGCUGUAGGCUCGGGAUCGACCGGCCUGCGCGUGGGUUUUCGAGGGAGCUGUUGGUGGAGGAGGAGAGGCAGGAGUGGGGCUCGAGCGGGUGGAACUAGCGAAGCUCCGUCGGUCCGCAGAGGAGAAGCGGCGGAGGGUCGGCCGAGGCCAGCGGGCGGGCGCCUCGCUGGGUGCCAUCAUCUCCCGGCUGCAGUACCUUCUGGCAAAAGCCACCGCGGCCCGGGCUGCGGCGGCCAGACGGAUGCCCAGGCCACACGGCAGGCGCGGGGACAGCCGCUGCGGUCGCCGACCCACGCGGGCUCCGGACAUCCAGCGCUGCUGAUGAAGUGAUUGAGAAGAAACAGUGAACACCUUCAUUCUGUAUGCAGACCAAUAUGGACCAGCCAUUUACGGUGAACUCUCUGAAGAAGUUAGCUGCUAUGCCUGACCACACAGAUGUUUCCCUCAGCCCAGAAGAGCGAGUCCGUGUCCUGAGCAAGUUGGGCUGUAACAUUGCCAUCACUGAAGAUAUCGCCCCACGCCGCUACUUUAGAUCUGGAGUAGAAAUGGAGAGGAUGGCAUCUGUGUAUUUGGAAGAAGGAAACUUGGAAAAUGCCUUUGUUCUUUAUAAUAAAUUUAUAACCUUGUUUGUAGAAAAGCUCCCCAGCCAUCGAGAUUACCAGCAAUGUGCAGUACCCGAAAAGCAGGAUAUUAUGAAGAAACUGAAGGAGAUUGCAUUCCCAAGGACAGAUGAAUUGAAAAAGGACCUUUUAAAGAAAUAUAACAUAGAAUACCAAGAAUAUUUGCAAAGCAAAAACAGAUACAAAGCUGAAAUUCUCAAAAAACUGGAGCAUCAGAGAUUGAUAGAGGCAGAAAGGAAGCGGAUCGCUCACAUGCGCCAGCAGCAGCUAGAAUCGGAGCAGUUUCUGUUCUUUGAAGAUCAGCUCAAGAAGCAAGAAUUAGCCCGGGGUCAGAUGAGAAGCCAAGAAACCCCAGUGCUGUCAGAGCAGAUUGACGGGAGCGCUUGCUCUUGCUUUCCCACACACCAGAACAAUUCCCUGGCGAAUGCAUUUGCAGAUCAACUUAAUAGAAGUGAUGCAACCAAUUAUUCUAGCCACUCUCCUCCUGUAAACAGGGCCUUAAAGCCAGCUGCUACUCUAAGUGCUGUUCAGAAUUUAGUGAUUGAAGGACUGAGAUGUGUUGUUUUAUCAAGGGAUCUUUGCCACAAAUUUCUGCUGCUGGCAGAGUCUAAUACAGUGCGAGGAAUAGAAACCUGUGGAAUACUGUGCGGAAAACUGACGCAUAAUGAAUUUACUAUUACCCACGUAAUCGUGCCAAAGCAGUCUGCAGGACCAGACUACUGUGACGUGGAGAAUGUAGAAGAAUUAUUCAGUGUUCAGGAUCAACACGAUCUCCUCACUCUGGGAUGGAUCCAUACACAUCCAACCCAGACUGCAUUCUUAUCCAGUGUUGACCUGCACACUCACUGUUCCUAUCAGCUCAUGCUGCCAGAGGCGAUUGCUAUUGUUUGCUCACCAAAGCAUAAAGACACCGGCAUCUUCAGGCUCACCAAUGCUGGCAUGCUCGAGGUUUCUGCUUGUAAAAAGAAGGGCUUUCAUCCGCACACCAGGGACCCCAGGCUGUUCAGCAUAUGCAAGCAUGUGUUGGUAAAAGACAUAAAAAUAAUCAUACUGGAUCUGAGGUGAUAUGUUCCGAAGAUGAGCACCUUCCACACCAGGCUCCUACCCAUGGACAUGUGGUUGCCAGGUUUUCUUAAGAUGUUUCCAGAAGUGACUGGUAUUUUAUAUUUAUACAUUUUAGAUCAGGAAGUUUGAUAUUUAUUGCUCUUGCACAUUUGGAAGUUUUAUUUUUGGGUUGCUCUGUCUCAAGAGAUGUCACCAUGGUGUUAAAUCAAUACUGUGAAUGUUACCCAAAUACUAUGACCAGAUAAUAAAUUGUGCUGCAAAUAA